AUGACAUCACGGACAUCAACAGCGCUGUUCCUCCUCAUACACUUAUCUCUGCACACGGUGGAUGAAGGUCACGCCAUUAAUCCUAGUUGUUCGUGUAUUCGCUUCACAUCUACGCACGGAAAAGAAAGAGGCACUUUCAGCAGUCCAGACUACCCGCGCCCCUACCCACGUGACCUCUGCCUGUUGUAUACGUUCUAUGCAGAGCCCCAUCAAAUCAUUGAACUCGUAUUCACCGAUUUCGACAUUUACAAGGAACAUAUGGGAUGUACUAAUGGAGAUUUCCUCAAGGUGUACUCCGAAGGGGGCACUCACGGCCCUGGUCCACCUGGUAUCAACGAAUACUCCGCGUGGUCAAGGAUUUUAUGCGGGAACAGAGCUGAUGCACCGCCAGCAUUGUAUUCUCAUGGACCCUUAAUGGUAUUGGAAAUGCAGAGUGGUGAAAAGGCUUCAAAUGCAACAGGCUUUAUCGGAACAUACAGGUUUAUAGAUAGACGUAAUUUCGAGACUGACGGUGUUAAGGUCGCUGAAACACUGUGUGACUAUGUAUUUACUUCACAAACAAAUAAACCAGCUCACGGGCGACUCUACAGUCCUAGGUAUCCUUCAAGUUACCCUAGUAAUGUGAGGUGCAGCUAUCAUUUUAACGCAAGAAAACAUGAAUUAGUAAAACUGAUUUUCGAAGAAUCAUAUUUACAGAAAGGCGACGAAAGUUGUUUAAAUCGUGCCGAUAUUAUAAAAGUAUUCGAUGGAAAAGCUUCAACAGCGCCGGUCAUUGCAAUGCUUUGCAAUGAAAUUGUAGGAUAUGAAAUAGUUUCAACGGGACCAGAGCUCUUAGUUCAAUUCACGGCAAACUCAAACACUCAUGGGCAGGGAUUCAAGGCCAGUUACCAGUUCGUAAUGGAGGAUAACUCUAGCGCAGAUGGUGAAAGUAAUAAAAAACCAGGUGUAAUUGAUGGAUCAUCCGCACUGGGGCCAGCAGUCAGUGCCGCAACGUCAUCCUGUCAUCAAGUAUUCAGGUCUGAUAAGAGCAGCGGCGGUAAAUUGAUCUCUCCUCUCUACCCCUCCCCCUACCCCCCGAAAACGCAAUGUCAUUACGAGUUCCUGGCGAGGGGCAGGGAACGAGUGAGAUUAGUAUUCGAAGACUUCAGCUUACAAAGAGUCACCGGGAGCAUUAUUGACUGUGAAAGUAUGGAUUCGUUGGACGUAUUUUUAUACGUUGACGGUCGGCUGGAGAAAAUGGCCUCCUAUUGCGGUAACGACGUACCAAAGCCGUUAAUGUCGAAUGGACCAAAACUAUCGAUCGAGUUCAGAGGCAUAUAUUCAUCCAGAUACAGCAGAGGUUUUAAAAUAUCGUAUUAUUUCGUUGAAGACUACGCCAUAGCAACAGGGAAGCAGUUGCUAGAGUUUCCAUGUGCCUUCGUAUACAAUAGCACCGAUCGGAGAAGGGGUGUGAUGACAUCACCCAACUACCCGGGACUCUACCCGCGAGACACCGAGUGCAACUACUUCUUCUAUGGAAGGAAGAACGAGAGAGUGCAUAUACACUUUACACACUUCGACGUUGAAGGAGUAGUUCCAUGUGAAGCUAUAUCAGCGAGUGACUACGUCCAAUUCUCGAGCAAGAUGAUUGAUAAAAACAGUCAGAGGCACUGUGGACAACUGAGGGAACUGCGGGUCGCCUCCGAGAGUAAUUUUCUGAGGGUCACGUUCCGUUCCAACGACAGGCUAGACGGCACCGGUUUCAAAGCCGAAUACAUUUUCCUUAAGGAUUCAGAGAUGCAAAGUAUAAAGCCGGACUCCAGUGGUACUCACAAUGCGAAGAAGACAACGACAUGGCGAAUAUUUUUAUUUGCAAUUAUAUUAUUAUUUAUUUGAAGUGUAUAAAUAAAUUAAUAGGAAACCCGAUCUAAUAAUAAGAGAGAUAAUAAAUUAUUAUUGUUGAUAA